AAAAAUAUCUUCUCGCUGAAGAAAAAUACCGCAAAAAUCAGAUUCAAAUGAUCGGAAAUGGACCUUAAUGACUGGUAAAUGACCAUAUUAAACAAUUUUACUUAAAAUAUCCUUGCCAUGAAAAGAGCCUACAGUCAAUGUUGAAAUGCCAUCAAAUGCAGACUUCCGUUUAAGUAUACUUGUUGGUGACACGCUAUUGCCUGAAUAUGAAAAAGAUGGUAUUGUGUAUGUAGAAAGUAGCUUCUUUACACCACACAGUUAUAAGCAACAAGCUGAAGAAAAUGUGAAUGGUGAGACUGAAGUCCAGAGUUGGCCAGUCACACCAUUUUCAGUAUGUAUAGAAACAGAACCAAGCAGUCAGGCUUGUUACUAUAGAGUAUAUGUUGAUGGUCAAAAAGUCACAAGUAAAAGUGUCACUCCUGGAACAAAUAGGGUAAUUAAAGGUUUUAGAGAUGGUACCCUUGUUAGAGAAUUUUUGUUUUCUUUACCAAGAUUUGCCAAAAAUGAGUUUGACAGAAUAGAUGGCAAUUUAUCUUCCAAAGUUGGUAUCAUUGAGGUUGAGAGUUGUUAUGCCACAUUAAAAACAACACAAAAAAGGAUGCGCAACAAGAAGCUUGAAUAUGAUCAGGCUAAUAAAAAGGACUGUGGCAGAGUUACUGGUGGGAGUUACCUAAUGUCUACAACCAAAGCAGGAAGGGUUGUUGGGAUGAAAAACAGUUUCAGGAAUGUGGAUUUUUGGAAUGUUCAUUCAGUAACCAGUAGACUAUCAGUAAAAUAUGUAACAGCUCAAACUCUUCAAGAUAUGAAUGUUAGUAUUGUGCAAAUACCAUUUCCACAGGGACUGCAUGAUAAAAGAUCCAAAUCUUUACAUUCAAGACCAAAUAUAUUACGAAAAAGGUCAGGUAAUAGAAACGAUACUAACACAACCUCUGAUGUUUCUAAUGAAAUAAAAACUGAGAAAGUUGAACACGUGAUAGAAAGUGUUAAUCAUGUGACUGGAAGUGCUGAUCAUAUGGCGGGAAGUUCAGACCACCAGUACACUGGAGGACCCAACAUCAUUAAAGAAGAAGUUAUUUGCCCAAUCUUAAUAAAUGGGGAAACAAUUGAUUUAACAUUUGAUGAUGAUGCAGAUGCAAUUGAAAUAAUAGACUGAAAUCUUGAAUAGACAAGAUUUUUAUUUCUAAAUUUAUUUUGAGUCACAACAGAUUUAUAUCCAUACUUUUACAAGAAAAAAAAAUGACUCAUGCAAACAUUUUUUUUAUGUACAAUUAUUUCAAAAGUAUAUGUAGCUUCUGUCAAACAAUAGUAAAUGAUAUAAGAAAUUUAUAUAAAAAAACAUCCCCCUUAUUGAGCCUACAUAUAUGAUAAAUGCAUAGACUUUUUACAAGUAUCAGUCCAAAUGUUGGCUAACUAGGGGGCACCUUAUUUUUCAAAAUCCUGGAUCCACACCUACCAAAGACUGGUCGGCUCGAAGUCAGAAUAAUGUGUCCAGAUAGAGUGACAUGUCUUCCUGCAGACUGUUAUAUUGUAAACUAGGUCAAUAAAAAUCUGGCUUAGUGUGUGGGUCUUGUACAAAGAAAAGUUUAUAAUUUGCCAUUGACCUUCAAAAGCCAUCCAUCCAUUAUAAAGUGAUAUCAUAUACUUUGUACAUUACUACAUAUUAAGUUUCAUUUGCUUACAAGAAAUGAACAGAAUUCAGGAAAAUGAUUUUUUUUUUUAUGGAAUGACUGUAAUAUGUUUCUGUCUAUGAAGAAAUUACAUAAAAAAUGUGGUGCACACUGAAUAACCAGUGUAGCAGGUUAUUUAAAAGUGUGCACCACAUUUUUUAGGUUAUUUCGAAUAGACAGAAAAAAUAUUACAGUCAUUCCUAUGAUUUAAUUCUAAUAAAUUCCAUUUUUAAGGUGUAAAUUUUGAAAAAGCGUUGGUGACGUCACGGUCACAUGACAAAAUUAUGUCUAUGAGCCGAUAGACAAAACACUUUCAGCCAAUCAGAAGACGUGUUACAUCCAAAAUUAAAUUAUUUGUUCAUAAUAAUUAUUUAAAAACUUUACUAGUAUUAUUGCAAAAGCAUUCAAUAAGUUAUUGGAAUCAAUGUGUGGAAAAGAAUAAAAACAAGUGAUGUCUAUAACACUCUUUCAUUCUCUAUCUAUAAAAAUAAUUAUACAGAGUGUUAGAAAUUAAAGAAUCUAUAAAUACUUUUUCAAUAGAGAUUAUUUCUACUUCCUAAAUAGUUCGAGCUGGAAGUAUGAGUAGGGUAGCAGAAAACAGAAUAUUUAUUUGCUUGAAUAAAAUGGUGAAUAACCAUUUUAAAGAAUGUUAUAUACACAAUUCUAAAGCAUUCCUGAAUCACAUAUUUGACUGUAAAUAUUUUUAUCUAAUAAAUUAUUUUGGAUAAUUCAUAUUUUUAAUUUAUUUAACUAUUUAUACUCCAAAAUACUGCAUGUCACUUAAUGCAGUUUCUGAGUACAACCAUGACAUAAGAUCAUAAUCUAUUAUACUUAUCUAAGAAUUUGUAUAGUUAGACUACUAUACACAUCCUUGACUUAUCUUGAACAUUUUAUUUAAUAAAAGAGAAUAAUGGAAAGGCUCCAUUUGUGGUCCUUUAAUUUGUUUAUAGGAAAAUGUAAAAAAUCUAUCAAUAAUAAGCCUUCAGUCUGUUUCGGAAGAUUGACAAGACAUAUCAAUAUAUUUUAAUACUGGUUCAGAUCCCUUCUUAUAAGUUUGCUUAAAGCCCUCAAACAUUGAUUUAUAAAAUCCUGAUUGAUAUUUUUGCAAUAAAUGACAUAAUUAUUUUUUUACUUUAUGGUAAAAAAUGCUAAUUUGAAAAAAUUAAGGACUUAUUUCAUGGGCAAAAAACCUAUCUUGUGACCCAUCAUACUUCUAUAUCAUGUCAUCACAAAUAUGAAGUGUUGAAUGACCAAAUGGAUAGGGUAAAAUGUCAUAGAAUUUUAUAUUUUGAAAAGAAAAUUGUCACUUGUUCACUAACUUUUGUAGAACUAGAUGUACCUUUAAAAUAUAUAGUUAUUUAUAUAUCUGUUUAUUUAAUUUUGACAGUUAUUUGUCUAUAAAAUACCAUUGUAUUUUUAAACAAAGUUUUUUCCUAUUUAGUUAUCUUUACAACUAUAUAUAUUUUUAUGACAGAUGAAUUCUAAAUAUUCUUUCAAAUCUAUAGUUAUUUAGUUGUGUUGUUUAAGUGUUCAUUGUAAUUUGUACAUGAUAAAUGUGUCUUGCUAUGCAUACCAUCAAUAUAGAUGUUCUGUAUUCAUGUCUGAAGAAAAUAGCAUUGUUAACCUAAUAAGUAUAUGUUAAACUUGUUAGUAAAUGGAUUUAAUGAC